ACUUGGAGCUACUAGGGGUGUUUGUUAUGUGAUUUUUUAUGUCAAAUGCAGUAGAUGCAAACAGUAAUAUAACCUAACUGGUUUGUUGUUAACUUGUUUUGUGUUUUUAUGGUUGCCGGUUAAACUCAACGAUAAUAUGAGCACCAUGUUAAAGAAAUCCCCCAAUAAAACCAAAGAUAGUGAAAAUGGUGCAGAGCCAUCACAACCUAUAACGAAAAAAGGAAUCCUCACGUCUUUUUUAACAGGAAAACCAAUGAAUAUACCAGAUACAGACGUUUUAGGCAGAUGUAGAUUUGUCUCUGAAUUUGAAAAGCUUAAUCGCAUUGGAGAGGGUACAUAUGGAAUAGUUUAUCGUGCCAAAGACAGCAUAUCUGAUAAAAUUGUUGCACUUAAGAAAGUUCGGAUGGAUCAAGAGAGAGAUGGAAUUCCUGUUAGUAGUCUCAGAGAAAUACAGGUUUUACUGAAUUGUCGACAUGAAAAUAUUGUCCAUUUGAAAGAAGUUGUAGUGGGCAAAAGUUUGGAGAGUAUAUUUUUGGCUAUGGAGUAUUGUGAACAAGACUUAGCAUCUCUGUUAGACAACAUGCAAGCUCCAUUCACAGAAUCCCAAGUGAAGUGUAUAAUGUUGCAAGUACUUAGAGGUUUGAGAUAUUUACACCACAAUUUUGUUGUACAUAGAGAUUUAAAAGUAUCUAAUCUAUUGAUGACAGACAAAGGCUGUGUAAAAAUAGCCGACUUUGGUUUAGCAAGAUGGUUUGGUGUACCAUUGCGCCCUAUGACACCUCAUGUUGUCACAUUGUGGUACAGAGCACCAGAAUUGUUACUUCAAGCCCCCACACAAACAACCAGUGUGGAUAUGUGGGCUGCAGGAUGUAUUUUAGGUGAACUACUAGGACACAAACCUUUACUACCUGGCAGAUCAGAAAUUCAACAAUUAGAACUAAUUGUAGAUUUAUUGGGAACACCAUCAGAUUCAAUAUGGCCUGGAUUCAGUGAUUUACCUGCUUUGCAGAAUUUCUCAUUAAAACAACAACCCUACAAUAAUCUGAAACAAAGAUUUCCUUGGCUAUCAGCAGCUGGACUUCGCUUAUUGAACUUCUUAUUUAUGUAUGAUCCGAAAAAACGUGCCACUGCUGAAGAGUGUCUUCAGAGCAGCUACUUUAAGGAACCGCCAUUACCUUGCGACCCUAAACUGAUGCCGACAUUCCCUCAACAUAGAAAUAUUAAGGGAUCAAAAUCUUCAAUAGACACUUCAAAUACAGGUGCAGGAGAUCAAACAAACAAUUUACCUGCAAUAUCAGAAUUGCUCGGCUCCAUUGUAAAAAAGAGACGUAUAGAAUGAUAAUAAUCAUACAAAGUUGUGUGACUUAUUUGUUUUUAAUGUAUUCAGUGCUAUAUAAUUAAGAAAAUAAAAAAGAUAUGACAUUUGUAUAA